AUGACGACGACAACAGAAACAUAUCUUUCAACACAAACAUCAUUUAUAAAUGAAACAACUACGACGACAAGCGAAGCAACUAGUAUCAAUAAUGAAGAUCAAUCAUCAACUCUUGCUGCUAAUGUGACAAUUGAUGCACUUGUUCAAUCAUGUUGUAGUGAAGCAGUACCAUCAUCUAGUCAACUGAAUAGCAGUAGUAGUGCUUCACCAACACAUCUCGUACGAUUUGUUCAUUCACAAUCGUCACUUGUUAGUCAGAUAGAUGAACAACAGCGUCCAUCUGAACAAGCAACUACAAAUUCUUCGUCUAGUCAUGAUACACCUGUCAAACAACAGCCACCAUUGAUCAAUGUCACACGUUUACCAUCACCAUUCAAACCUACCACAAUCAUUGAGUCCACAAAUUCAAUGCAAAAUACUACUAAUUUGAGUAAUAUCACAGCUAAUAAUAUCAGUGUCAAUAAUUAUAAUGUUAACAUCCAUACAACCAAUGUUCAACAACAGCCAACGAAUAUUCUAGCUAAUGAACAUGUGACGAAAAAAUGUCAGUUCGACGAGAAGCAAACGACUGAGAUUGUUUCACAGAUUUUGAAAAAUAUCAAAGAAGUCGACGAACACCAAACAAGUACGACUACAACGACUAAUUAUAAUAUUCACAUUGAUUCGUUUAAUUUCUCAUCGACAAACGAACAACAACCGUCAACAGUAGUAAAAAAGUCUCGUGUGAAAAAAGAAGCAAAAACACUGGCAGAAAUUCUUGUUAAAGAUGAGUCAUUAUCGCCGAAUUUUUCACGAACAAAGAAGACGACGAAGAGUGCUUCCAACACACAAUCAGGAAUGAAUAAGACUUCACAAAUAAUGGAGUACAUACCUGUGCCAUACGGAUGGCAAAGACGAAUACUAGCGCCGGAUCUUGUAGUCUACGUCAGUCCGACAAAUGUCAUACUUGAUUCAUUGGAUACUGUUCGUCAAUAUCUUGAAACAUCAACAUCAUGUAAAUGCGGUCUUCAAUGUCCGCUGAUUGUUGAUAAGGUUUUCAACUUUGAUUCAACGAUUAAAUCCAAAUCUUGGGAAGUAACACAAGUUCUGGAAGGAACGCAUUGCCGACAGAAAUCAAAUAUCUUGGAAAUGGCAACAUUAACAAAUUGUAUUGAUUCAUUUUGUGAUACGGAUCAAAAGUCAGUAAAACGCCGAAAACGAACUCAUGCUGAAACAACAAAUGGAAAUGUUUUUGUUUGUGCAUCGAAUUCAUCGAACAUUUUACAAACCAAUAGUGAAUCAGUUGUUUUUGUUAAUAAUGCUGGCCAAGCACAAGAAACUGGCCAAUCGAUGACAUGGACACCACUGCAGCAUACGGGUGUAACUCCUCCGUCGAAACGGCCACGUGGUCGUCCUCGUAAAACAGCUGUUACACCUCCGGUCAUUGCUCAAUUAGCUGUUAAACCAUCAGUCGACCCUCAUCAACCAACUCAGCCUGUACCUUCUUCGAUUCUCUCACCGCCUGCAUCUGUUUCCUCCACAUCUCAUACUAAUCUCGUUCAUCGAAAUUCGACGUCUCCAUUAACUCACCAUUCGACUUCUAACUCUCGUUAUGUGAAUGACAAUGUUCUCACGCCUUCGUCAACCACAGACACGAAUGUUAUCGCUCGAGUUCCAUCACUAUUCGAUCAAGUUAAACCGACUACCAAUGAAUCAACGUUUGCUGUUCUAUCUGGUGUACAAAAUGUACUUUUGUCUCCUAAUAGAGAUACAAAUAACAACAAUAAUCCUAGUAAACGAGUACGUGUUGAAUCAGCUACAUCAACAGUAUCAACAAAUGGAAAGCCAGUUACGCUGAAUGUUAAUGCAUUGAAGCCUGACUUUGUUCGAUCACCGGCAGCUGCUCAGAAGCCAUGUACAACUACCAGUCAAAUCGAUGUGAUAUCUCUCAUGGGCACUAAUAAUCAAACACCAUUGAUAGUAACGAAAACCACACCAAAGCCAAUUGCUCCUAUUCCAUCAAAUACUACUUCGGAUGACUAUUCUUUAAUCAAAACUAAUGAUCAAACAAAUGAAUCAUCCCAACCGUUGAUGAUCGAUUUUAACGAUCCAUCGACAACAAAUUUUCUUCUCUCCGCAUUGGCAUCAGGCGCUGCUUCAGAUUCCAAUGCAAUUGUCAAUCAUCUUUUUCAAAAAGCACAGACACAACAACAACAACGGAAUAAUAGUUCUAUAUCACCGCCACCAACGACAACAAUAUUAUCAGCAGCAACAAUUAAGAAGAAAAUUCCCAUUCUUUCCUCAGGCUUGAAAAAUUGUACAGAAACAACAAAUCUUCUACCUGUACCUAACGCGACCGCACAUCAGUCUGUCGUACUCCAUGUACCGACAACUACAAACACCACUGAGUAUCCUCAACAAGCACAACAAAUUAUUUUUAGUAAUAAUAAUAAUAGCAGUAGUAAUGAAGAAAAGAAACAGCCACAACAAAUAUUUUUUAUUAACAAUAAACCGUAUGUUCUACAACAGAAAUUCACACACGAUCCAUCGACACAGCAGAGAUUGGUGCUAACGCCAUCGAUUUCUCAAACAAGUGAUCUUACCGUUCACAAUACGCCUCAUACAAAUCGUAGCAUAGCUCCGGCUCAAUCUGAUAGUAGUAGCAAUAAUCCAAGUACUCAAUCAACGCUUGAUGAUGGUGGCAAUUGUCUCGUAGUAAAUGGUGUUGUUGAACCACGAACGUUAGGUACAUUGAUCAAAACUCUCAAUUCAUCGUCUUGUUCAGGUGUUGAUAAUCUUAUCGAUACCAUUAAUCGAUUUGAACAUACAACGCCCGCAGGACAAAUGGACAAUCUUUUAUUUAAAACUGGACGAUCGAAAGCAAGUCCAACGAAGAAAUCGAAUGUGGAUAAGCCAGCAUCAAGACGUCGAUUAACGAAAAAAGCUAAACAAGAAGAACAACAACAGCAGCAACAACAACAAACUUUACAAGUAACUAUGUUGCCGCCGCCGCCUCCUCCUCCUUCUUCUUCUUCUUCUUCUGCUCCUUCUUCAUCAUUACCAGUACAACAAUUUGUUGCUGAUCAACAGCAAUGGCAAACAGAUUUUAAUUCCUUUGACUUUUCAACAGCAUGGGGUAGUGACACAAAUUUAAAUUCUCUUUUAUUAAAUGAUGAUUUUGACACGGCUGCUUCGUUCGAUGAUGUUAGUUUCGGAGAUUUCGAACCAUAUAUGAAUAGCCAUAAUAAUUCUAAUCCAACUGACACAGCGUUACCUUCAUUGUUCGUCAAACCAUUACCGCCAGACACACUACCAAGUGUGGAUCAUCUUUUACCAUAG